AUGGACCCCGAGCAAGAUCUGCUUGCCUCGACUCUCCGUGAGAUAAUUCCCAGUCCCGGACGCUUAUAUGUUGGUGCUGCAAUUUUCAGAAUCUGGGCUGGAGGAACCUUGUCAAUUCUCUUGAUGAGACGGGCCCAAGGCCAACCCGACGCUGAAUUGUGGGAAAUACCGGCGGGGGAAGUCAUGGAAUCUGACCGAAAUGUCGAAGAAGCUAUCAGGCGCAUUGUUCGGGAGCAAACCCAACUGACAGUCUUCCGUGUAGAAGAUGAACUGAGUGCAAUCCAAAUCUCCCCAACCAAUGAGCGCCCUCUUGUUAUUCAACUCAACUUCAGGGUCCUGGUUAAUGAGCGACUCUCCGACCGAGUCCUGGCCGAUUGGAACGACAUCAACUACUCAGAUUUGGUCUGGGCGAGACAGGACCAUGCGUAUGAAUACGACUUGAGAAGGGAGCUCGCCAUGCUAAAUGUGAUUGAUGAAGCAUAUGAUGCAUGCUCGGAUGAUCUUUGA